UGGAUCUGUGUUUGCUGGAUAUCGCAGAGCAGAUAAUUUACCUGUUGCCAUCAAACGUGUACCUAAGGACAAAAUCCUCUGCAAAGUAGUGGACCAGAAUGGGAAGCAGCAGUCUGUGGAGAUCGCUGCCAUGUUAAAACUUGCGGCUGGAACAAGUGGAUCAGCGGGGUCAACAGCGCCAGUGGCCCUGCUGGACUGGUAUGAUUUGGACCAGGAGCUGAUCCUGGUGCUGGAGAGACCAGUUCCCUCCAAGGACCUACUCAAUUACGUUGAGGACAACGGAGGUUCCCUACCGGAGGAACAGGCCAAGAUCAUACUGACACAGCUCAUUGAGGCUGCAAUUGAACUAGAGAACCAUAGCAUCUUUCACCGAGACAUCAAGGUGGAAAAUAUUCUCAUCGAGACCGGUUCAGAUGUCCCUCGUCUUCGCCUUAUCGACUUCGGACUGAGCUGCUUCGCUAAGAAAGGCUCUUUUUACCGCAAUUUCUACGGUACUGCUGCUCACAUCCCUCCCGAGUGGUACGUUCAUUGCAUGUACAGGCCCAGCCCCACCACAGUGUGGCAGGUGGGGGUGGUCCUGUUUGAAAUGCUCCACAAAGUUCCAUUUGAGACCACUAAGUUCCUCAGAAACAAGCUGAGAAUCAGCAAAAAGCUGUCCAAAAACUGCCAGGAUUUUUUGGGAAUGUCUUUGACCGAAACCCCCCAGCAGCGUCUUACCCUGGAGCAGCUCCAACUUCACCCAUGGCUCAGAUAAACUAGCACUACACACACACACACACACACACACACACACACACACGUGUGCGUGCUAAAAGUCCACAAAUGUGUCCAGUGCCAUGCAUAAGUGUCAUCCAAGUACUAAUGCUGCUCUCUCUUUGACAGGAAGACGGAUGUGAAAAAACUGCUGCUUGACACAAUUAAUCUGAUUUAUCUAAUUGGACUGUUUUUUAUACUUUUGACAGGAAUUGGCCUUUGUUUCGCUGAUCUGUUUCACCCCCAGCCAUCCCAGGAGAGGGGAUCUCUCUUCGAAUUGCCUUUCCCGAGGUUUCUUCCUAUUUCUGCUAGACUCAGGAUUUUGGGGAGUUUUUCCUCGUCUUCUUAGAGAGCUUGGGCCGGGUCAGGAGCUGCUGCUAAAAUAGGCUGUGCGAGCCUAUUUAGCUAUAAUGAGAUUGUCUAAAAUCUGAGCCAU